GUCAAUCAUAAUAGAAUUCAUGAUAUUAUUAUUUUCUUCCACUAAAAAAUAUCUGACCGAUCCCGUGCACAUAUAUAAAUAUGUUUACGAAAGCAUAAUCGUUAACGUUACAUGUAGCGUUGACUACAUUUGGUGUAUAAACGUGUCAGCUGUCAAUUUUGACAGUAGAAUUUAGGCGCGAAACCUCCUGUUGUGGCAAAAUUUUUUUUACCGAUGAUUGUUGGAAAUUGUUGAUAAACAUACAGUCGGUAGUAACAGUGUAAACAAUUUUCAUUAAUGUCGUCCAAUGUUUUCAAAGAUGGAUCUCCACCCGAAUUGUUAUUCCAAAGUGUAAAUGGGUGUGUAUUAAAACUGAUUGAUAAAAGUGCAAAAGCUAAAAAUGUUAUGAAAUUUGUUCUGUACAAAGACACGCAUUUGAACAUCAAUGUGACUCUUGUUUUAUUAUUUGCCACAUUGUUUUUAUGGAAAACACUUGGUAUUUCAGUACCAUUCGUUGUUUCUGUGUUUGUUUUGAUAUUGCAAUUUGCUCGUUUUGUUACUUCUGUGAAUAAAGAUACGUUAACAGUGGUAGAAUUUAUCGGCAUAUAUACCAAAGGAAACAAAAUAUUUUCUGGUUUAAGUACAUGCGAAUUUGUACCUUGGGACACAGUGGUAGAUGUAUUUAUUAAUGAAGUUAUAACCGGACAAAAGAAUUGGUACCAGAGAGAAAAUGCCUGGAAUACAUGUACGAAAGGCUAGCUGGAUUAAUUGGAACCAGCAAAGAGAAACUCCAAUUUUAACAGUGCCAAGUUCAUAUUGGUUAUGCCACAAGAAUAACAUAUAUAAAUUUAUUUUUAGAUAUCAUAGGACAAUUAAAAAUACACAGCAGUUUUAUUUUGGAAAAGAAUUAAUGAAUGUAAUUAGAAGGAUUUUAAAAGAUCCACCGCGCCAAGGGCAACAAUUUUGCACCAGCCAUCUUUUAAUUACUUACAGUAAUACAUCGUGGACUCGGCAGGACAAAAUAUUUGCACUGAUGAAAUUUAAAGAACGAUCGGUCAUAGCAUUUUCCUAUGCAUUUAUUCUUACUAUAAAGAUAACGCUCCCUUCGGAAAGUACAGAACUUAAUACGAGGUAUGCGAUAAAAUCUUCUCCCGAUCGGUCUUUAAUUCAGAAUAACAAAAAUACAACGCAUUCUUCUAAGAAUGAUUUUCCAAAACAAACUAAUCAGUGUAAUAAUGUACAAGAGGAAGUAUUAGAGGCAGAAAGUAAAAGUAUUCAAUUAAAUAAUAGUUUGGAAGUUGAUGAUUUAACAAAUACAUGCACAGACAAAAAAUCGACGAGACAGAUAAUAAAUUGCAAAAACACAAAUAAAUUUACAAAUUGUACAAAGGUAUCGUUCGAACCACCUAUACCACUCGAUACACCAUCUGAAAAUGAUACGAAAUCUACUAAUAAAGCACAAGCAAGUAGGUCUUUAAGACACUCUACUGUAAAAUCUAAAAGUAAAAAUAAAAACACAGGUACAAAUAAUAAAUAUUCAACAUUGCAACAUAGUAUUGUGAACAAAAUUGAAGAAAAUAAAGUGGUCACUAAUGAAUCAAAAGAUACAAACCAUUUAGAAAAAGAAAAUAUUAAGGAUAAAAAUGGACAAGAUGAACAUGUUGGUAAAAACGGUUUUGCCAAAGAUAAUAACAAUUCUACGUCAAAUAUUAAUAUUGUGUCAGAAGACAGUAAUACAGAUGCUGUUAAUGUAGAUUCUAUCAAUUUACCAUAUCAAUACCUGAUAGAAAGGGAAAUAGAAGAUGCAAAACGUAAGAUGUUGAACGACAAUGUUUCCGUAAAUGAAACUAAGAAACGUAAAUUGGAUGAAACAAAUGAAAAACAUUCUACAAAUUCUGUAGAACAAUUUGCGGAUGUUACAAAAACUGAAGGAACCUCUUGUCUUCAGAAAAGAAAACACCUAUCGGAUAACGCGCCAUCACGAUCUUCCGAUAUUACGGAUUUAGUAAUGGAAGGAUUAAUGUUUACGAUUCGACAGGGACAAGACACUGUAGCAGUUAUAGAACAAAAAACUAAAUUAGAAGUGGACGAGGUAUUAGAAAAUUCUGAGAAAAUUGAAACAAAGAAAGGCGAGAAAUGUUUAAGAAAUUCUAGUUUACUUGGGUUAGAGAAUUUAAUAACAAUGAUUGAAUUACCAAAACAAACCGAAAAUGAAUCUAAAUGUCAAAAUACAAUUUCGCCUGAAUUAAAACACGCGCAACAGCAAUUUCCUCAAUCCUUGACUAGUACGAGUAUUAGUAACGAUGAUGAAAAACAUGAUGUUGCAAACAAAGGCCGAUAUUCCGAGCUGUAUAACUAUGAAUAUAAUAAAAAUAUGAAACUUACCGAGGAUGGAAAUUUAGAAUACGAAGAAGAAGAAGAAGAAGAGGAAGAGGAAGAUAUUAUACCAGAAGCAUUACAAGCUGAAAUUUUUCAAUCUUCGGUACUUGAUUUUCAGAAAAUAGAUAAACCUGAAAAUAAAUUAGAAAUCAUGAUGAGUAAAGAUUUAUUAAUGGAUGAUACAGACACUGAAAAAUCAAAUAAACAUGAAACAACUGAACUUAAGCCUUUUUCGAAAAAACUGUGUUUAAAAACUGAUUAUCCAAAUAAUGAGUCCCUUAUGAAAUCAACAGAAUUACCUAUCAUUGCGAACGGAACGCAUAAAGUACAACAUUAUAUAAAUACAAAAAAUAAACCUACAUUUAAUAAUAUGGAGAAAUGUAAAUCAAAUGGUCCAAUAGUUAUUUCGAAUGAAAUUAUCACUGCAGAUCAAAUACCAAUACCGUUACAGAAAAUAUUCGAAGAACAAUCGCCAAAGAAGUCUGAUUUUUCUUUAAAGAAGAAAAAUGAAACAGAUGGAAGUUGUUCUGAAGUUCACAGAGCGCAAUCGUGUCAGAAAACUGAUAUUGUUUCUAAUGUACAAUUAAAAGGGCAAAGUUUAGAUUGUGAUAUAUUAAAAAGUACACAAUAUCCACAAAAUUCUCAGAUACCUGUAUGCCAUGAUGACAAAAAUCGCUGCGAAAGCCCAUUGCCUGUAACCUCGAAAACGAAGCUAGAAGAUGCCACUGUUUCAAAAAAUAAUUUUAAACUAAAUGAACAAUCGCAUAAACAAAUUGCUAACACGGACAAAGUGGAACAAUUAUCAUCAAACGAAAUCCAAGAUAUUACACACGAAUUUUAUAAAGAUCUUUCAUUUGUUCAAAAGAAAAGGAAUUUGCCUAGUCGGUAUCUAAGACCAAGAAGAAAGUCUAUAAAUAUGUUAACAGAUGAAAAUCUUGGUGACACGCAUAUAGAAAUAAUGAAAUUUUUUCAUGAUAUCACAAGAGGUGCCAAGGUUGUUGUAAAACGUAUGAGUACAAAAAGCAUUCAUAGCAUAAUAGGGAAAAGUUCCUCUUUAACAACAUGUAUGCAAUAAGAAUAACUUUUUAGACAAGGGUUAUAGAAUAAUUUUCAUAAAAUUAUUGGAUUAUUUAUCUUUGAUUCAAUUUGUAGUCCAACAUUAGACAAUUAAUGACUUGAUCAAAUUUCUUGUACAUUUUAUCCAUAAGCA